UUGGGGCCUUGGGGGAUGAGAGAGAGAGUGUGCAACAAACUCGCUACACUCCCUAGAGUUGUCCAACAUCUCCAACCUCUUUCUUUCUUUCCCCACUAACAUUUGAUUUUCCCCCUUCCUUUUCUUUUUUCAUUUUUUUUUUCUGUCAAAAAAUUUUGGGCGUUUUUCUGGGUUGAUUUGCUGCACUUGCAGCAGAUCCUUUCAAUUUCCCCCUUUUCAACACCCUAAUUUUACUCCCAAUCAUCGAAUUAAUGGAAUUUGUGGGAAAAACUGUGUCGAAGGAGUUCAAAGGGUUUGGGGUUUUUGAAGGAGUUGUUGAAUCAUACGAUUCUUUAACUGGUUUUUUCAAAAUCUUGUACGAAGACGGCGAUUCCGAGGAAGCUGAUUUGUCCGAGGUUACUCGUUUGAUCUCUUCUUCUUCGUCUGUUGCUGCUGUUAACUCAAUUGCUGGGAAUCAGAAAGUUGCGACAAAAAAAGUUGGGAGGAAGCCCAAGAAACGGCGUCGUAAUGAUCCAGGUAAAUCUUCUGACAGUUUGGAAGUUGAUAAUUCGCGACAGAAUUUAGUUAUUGAGCCUGAAUUAGGUCGAACUGAAGUGAAUGAUUUUAAUGUUUCUGUUAAUGUUAAUGGGAAUUUGGAUGGUAUUGACGGAAAUGACGAUUUAGAUUUGAACCGCGGGUUAAAUGUCGAUGAUGGGGUUCAAAAUGGGGAAGUUAGGGGUGGUAUUGACUUGAAUUUGAGUGUAGACGAUGAUGGGUUUGAUGGGAAUGACACUAGGAUUGAAAAGGUUGGUUUAGUUGGGAGGAUAGAACGCGGGUUCGAUUUGAAUUUAGGGAUUGAUGACGAGGGCGUUAACGGGGAGAAUGGGGCAAUAAAUAUCAAUUCUUGUGUAGGUUUAGGUGAAGAAGUGAAAGAUGGGGAUGUCAGUGCUGUUGAUGCUAAUCUUGUAAAUAGUAGGGUUUGUGAUUAUCAAUUAGAUGGAGGUGGUGUGGAAGCUGUGACACCGAAUCAAUGCCAGGAUGGAAAUUCUGGUCGUAGGAAGAGGAGAAAGAUGCAGAAGAAUUUAAGUACUCCAACAGAAACUGUGUUGAGAAGAAGUGCACGACGAACAAAGGCUGCUGCUGUAAAUGAGAAUGAUGCUUCCAGUGCCGUGGUAGAAGAUGAAGUGAAUGAUAUGUCUGUGGUGUCAGGGGUUAUUGAUGAAGCUGAAGAAAAGCCUGCUCCUCAGAUGCUGGAAAAAAUCAUAGAACCUCAAACUCCUCCUCCUAAGAUUGAACUGCCACCGUCUUCAGCUAAUUUAAAUUUAGAGGGAAUUCCUGUGUUAGAUAUUUUCUCUGUAUAUGCUUGCCUUAGGUCGUUUAGUACCAAAUUAUACUUGAGUCCUUUUGAAUUGGAGGAUCUUGUAGCAGCAUUGAAGAGCAGGGUAUCUAAUCAAUUAAUUGACUUAAUUCAUGUCGCCAUCUUGCAAACGUUGAGAAAACAUCUGGAAUUGCUUGCAAGUGAGGGAUGUGAAUCUGCAUCCACUUGUUUGAGGAAUUUGAACUGGGAUUUUCUGGAUGCAAUUACCUGGCCUGUGUUUAUGGUUGAAUAUCUACUUAUUCACGGUUCUGGUUUAAAACCUGGUUUUUCUCUCAAUCACUUGAAGCUAUUUGAGGGCGAAUACUACAAAAACCCAGCAGAGGUGAAGAUAGAAUUGCUUCGUUGUCUUUGUGAUGAUGUUGUUGAAGUUGAGGCCAUUAGAUCAGAGCUUAGUAAAAGGACAGGUAUUGCAGAGGCUAAUAUGGAUACUGGUCGAACGGUGUGCAAUGAUAAGAAAAGGAGAACCUCUUUAGAUGUUCCUGUAGACUCUUGCCCAAGUGAGGGCAUGAAAGAAGAGGUAGCUGAUGGAAACAGUGAUGAGUGUUGCCUUUGUAAGAUGGAUGGGAACUUGAUAUGCUGUGAUGGUUGUCCAGCUGCAUAUCAUUCAAAAUGUGUUGGAAUUGUCAGCAGUCUUUUGCCAGAGGGUAACUGGUACUGUCCAGAAUGUGUGAUUGGCAAACUGAAAUUUGCCAACAAACCUCAGAAAUUCAUUCGGGGUGCAGAGUUACUUGGAACUGAUACUUGUGGACGCCUUUUUUUCAGCUGCUUUGACUACCUUUUGGUGUCAGAUUCCAGUGAUGCUGAGGCUGUAUGUAGUUAUUACCACAAAGAUGACCUCAGUGAUGUUAUUCAACUUCUGCAAUCAUCUACUAUUUUAUACAGCUCAAUCCUAAGUGCAAUUUCUCAACAUUGGGCCUUCCCAACUGAAUAUGAUGGAAGGAAAUCAAAAAAAUUCAUCAAUACAAGAUAUUCUGGUCAUUCGGGCUCUGAAAUUUCUGAACCUGCAGACUUGCUUGGUUCAGAUACUGCAAAACCUUGCAGAGAAACAAACAAUCUACUUACAAGUUCCGAAGGAUCUGGUGAAGUUUUACAGGAGAAUGAGUUGAUUCAAAAAUCUUGUAGACCUGUGUCCAAUAUGGUUGCCAGAGGGACAUCUGGAAAGAAGCUUUCAUCUUCUAAACUGAGGAAGGAAAAAGGUCCUGCAAGAAAAGGUAGAUCCGUUUUGAAGGCUAAAGAGGAGGAUGUGUUACAAGAGCAAUCUGGGGAUAAUUAUCUAAAUAGCUAUAGCUUUGCUCGGACAGCAUCUUCAGUUGUUGAAGAAUUAUUGAGAAAACCCACUGGUAAAGAUGCUCCUAAGACUGAGGAGGAGAUCAUUUCAAUUCAGUUGAAGUUUAUUCUGAAGAAGUCAGUAAAGUCUUGUUGGACUACUGUUCAAGACCUAAAUAGGAAGAGACAGACAGAAAAAUGUGGAUGGUGCUACUGUUGCAGAUUUCCUGUUGAAGGAAGAGGUUGUUUAUUCAGUAUCCCGAAUGGUAUAUCUGUUUCAGAUGCUCUUAAAGAAGAAAUUGAUGGUAUCCUGUCAAAAAGGAAUAAGAAGGGACAUCUUGUAGAUGUCAUUUGCUACAUUCUUUGUAUGGAAGAUCGCCUGCGGGGACUUCUCUCUGGUCCAUGGCUGCGACCUCAAUACAGUGAGCUUUGGCGUCAACGUGUCCUCAAAGCAUGUGAUGUUUCUUCACUGAAACUCCCUCUGCUUACGCUGGAGGCCAGUAUACGUCCUUUGGCUAUUUCUGCUGAUUGGUGGAAACAUGUUGACUUGGUUACUACUAUGGGUUCAGCUUCUCACUUUGUGGCCAGUUCACGUGCAACUUCAAAGAACGGUCUCAGCAGAAAGAAGGUUAGAUAUGCAGACACUGAGAAUAAAUCUUCAACUGCUGGUCGUGGUUUAGUUUUCUUUUGGUGGAGAGGGGGUAAGACUUCUCGUAGUCUAUUCAAUUGUAAAGGCAUACCUCGCUCGUUGGCUUUGAAAGUGGCCCGAAAAGCUGGCUGCAUGAAGUUACCGGAUAUACAAUAUCCUGAUGCUUCUGAAAUUGCUAGGCGAACUAAAUGUGUUGCAUGGCGGGCUGCUGUAGAAACAUCCACAAGUCUUGAGCAGCUGGCUUUGCAGGUGAGAGAGUUUGACCUGGUUAUUCGCUGGGAUGAUAUUGAGAAUACUCAUCCUCAUUCUCUAUUGGACAAGAACUCCAUAAAGUCGAUCAGGCUGUUUAAGAAAGUCAUAGUCAGGCGUAAGUGUUUAGAAGGUACAGUUGCAAGAUAUCUUUUGGAUUUUGGUAAGAGAAGAAGUGUUCCAGAUGUUGUUCUUAAACAUGGGCAAAAGUUUGAAAAAUCUGACUGUGAGAGGAAAAAAUAUUGGUUGGAUGAAGUGUAUGUUCCUUUAUAUCUCUUGAAGAGUUUUGAGGAGAAAAGAAUAACCCGCAAGGCUGGUAAGAAAAAUUACAAUAAAUUCCGAAGAGGUGUUAAAGUGUGCAAGAAGCCUUCGAGGGAAAAAGGUUUUGACUAUCUUUUCUCAAGAGCAGAAAGGGCUGACAGUUAUCAAUGUGGACACUGUAACAAGAAUGUGCUGAUUAGUGAAGCUGUGAGCUGUCAACUUUGCAACGGGUAUUUUCAUAAAAGACAUGUCAUGAAGUCUUCAGAGGGAAUUACUUCUGGAUGCAUAUAUACAUGCCACAAAUGCCGGGCAGGGAAGCAUGUAAAGAAAGAAAGCAAUCUGGGGAAACGGAAAAUUGGUAAACUUCGGGCCGCGAAAAAUGUGAAGGUUGUCAGUGAAGGGCACUCUGCAGCAUUGAGGGCUAAGCCUCGGAAGAAGGGAAGACCCUUAGGCAGUCGUAGAAAAGUGCUUCUGCGAAAUGCUAAAAAGAUGCUGUCCCAUGAGCAGUCUCCAUCACAGAAAAUUACCAAUGUCUCUACAGGUGUUACUCUGCGCCGUUCUGCUAGAAAAGCGAAUUGUACAACUCUGCAUUCUAAUAGUUCUGCUAGGAAAGCAAUAUGUACAACUCUGCAUACCAAUAGUUCCGCUGGAGGAAAAAAGAGGAAAAGGAAUAAGCGUAGGAAUAUGGCAUCAAAGAAAACCCCGAAGGGCAUCUCCUGGCAGAAGAAAAGAACACAAAUUCUCCAUUCAUUCUGGAUAAACGGCCUUAUGCUAUCUAGGAAGCCAAAUGAUGAGCGGGUAAUACAGUUUAAAAGAAGAAAACUCCUUGUGCCAUCUGAACUCUCUGCUGAGAUUGAUGAUCAACCAAAAUGCUCUCUCUGCUCACAGCAAGGAACUACAUCAGCUUCGAUGUAUAUUUCUUGUGAAAUAUGUGGAGAUUGGUUCCAUGGUAAUGCAUUUGGACUUAACAAAGGAAAUAUUGGUAGUCUUAUAGGGUUCAAAUGCCACGUAUGCCGUGAUAGGAGUCCUCCUGCUUGUCCUUUUGUUGACAAAUCAAGGGAUGAAAGUAUGCUUUUUAUGGAAGCUACUUGUGAUGCUCAAGAAUCAUCAGAAGUUGUUACUGUUAGAAAGGAUACAGAUAAUGUGCUAGAGCUUCAGUGCAAUGAAAAUUCUUCUGGUCUCUUAGAGGCUCAUUUAGCACAGAAUUGUGAUAGAAAUCUUAAUCAGGUUAAGACUCUGAUGCUAGAUUCUGAGUUGAGAGUAGUAAAUGGGUCACCUACCAGCAAGGAGGAUGUAUCCUGUUCAGAGGACAACAAUACCCUUUUGUUUGAAGCUUCUAUUGAGGCUCUGGAUGCCCAGGGAUUAUGUGAAGUUGUUGCAAUUCAAAAGGCAACAGAUAGUGUGUUAGAGCUUCAACAAAAAUGUGAUGGAACUUGUGACGAAUAUGACACUCCAAUGCUAGAUUCUGAGACCAGAGUUGAAAACGGGUCACUUGGCAAGGAGGCUGUAUCCUGUUCAGAGGACAACAGUACCCUUUUUACUGAAGCUUCUAUUGAGGCUCCAGAUGCCCAGGGAUUACGUGAAGUUGUUGCAAUUCAAAAGGCAACAGAUUGUUUGUUAGAGCUUCAACAAAAAUGUGAUGGAACUCAUGACCAAUAUGACACUCCAAUGUUAGGUUCUGAGACCAGAGUUGAAAACAGGUCACUUGGCAAUGAUAUUGCAUCUAAUUCGGGGGAUGUUAGUACCCUUUUUAUUGAAUCUUCAAGUGAGGCUCUGGAUGAGGUUGUUGCAGUUCGAAAGAAAACCGAUUGUGUGUUAGAAUUUCACUGCAAUGGAGGUUCUUCCGGUGUCGUAGAAGUCCAUGCAGGACAGAAUUGUGAUGGAAAUCAGGAUCAGGGUGAGACUCCGAUGCUAGAUUCUGAGUUGAAAAAAGUAAAUGGGUCUCCUACCAGCAAUGAGGUUGUAUGCUGUUCAAAGGAUAAUAAUUAUCUUUUUAUUGAAAGUGUGAGUGAGGCUCUGGAUCGUCAGGGUUUACCUAAGGUUGUGGUAGUUCGAAAGGAAGCAGACGCGAUAGAGAUUCAGUGCAAUGAAGGUUCAUCCGGUGUUGUAGAGAUUGAUUCAGCUCAUAAUUGUGAUGGAAAUCUUGACCAGAAUGAUACUCUGAUGUUAGGUUCUGAAUUGAGAGUAGAAAAUGGGUCACCUACCAGCAAGGAGGUUGCAUCCUAUUCAGGAGAAGUUAAACCUCUUUUCAAUGAAUCUUCAAGUGAGGCUCUGGAUGUUCCGGGGUUACCUGGAGUUGUAAUUCAAAAGAAAACAGAUUGUGCACAACAGCUUCAGUGCACUGAAGGAUCCUCUGAAGUUCAUUCAGCACCGAGUUGUGAUGGAAAUCUUUGCCAGGAUGAGACUCUGAUUGUAGAUCCUGAGGUAGGAGUUGUGAACGGGAUACUUACCAGCAAGGAAGUUGUAUCCUGUUCAAUUGAAAGUCAAGAUCUUGAUUUGGAGUCUAAAUUGCUUACGGAGUCUGAUGAGAAUUGCAUCUUGGAAAGAAAGCAAUAAGCUAAAUGAUCACAGUUAACACUACUAACUGGACGACAGUUCAGCACAUCAGUUCAGUUAUGGGAUGGAGCCGAUGGACACAGAAAAUCCAAAAAUAGCUGAAAGGAUAGAUGAUACCCGUUGUUCAUUAUUCUUGUACCUAGGUAUUUUGUUUAUGGCCUCUAAUCACAUAAAGGAAGAGGCUGCAGUUUCUUGUCGACACUAAUUGUAGCAGUGGGGGUUGUGGAUACCUCCAUGAUUUUGUCACCUCAUUUCUGAUUCAUGUGACCAGAUACAAAAACCUUAGAGGUAGGGAUAGCUUUUACAGCAGAAUCAAAUGAUAAAUACUUUGUUGAUUCUUCGUAAUUUAAUGAAAAUUUAUAAUUUAAACC